CAGUCAAAAGUCGCCUCCAAAGAGUGACGCACGUCAGUGCCGACAACCAUUGUUUAUUUAUUUAGCAUUCGUAGCGCGUCUACGAGAUUUCACUCUUGCCGAAGAAAAUAUUCGUUUUGUGAAGGUAUCUUGUGAUUUGUGAUAGUUGUGUCUAUGUGGAGCUGUAUCGGUGGCGUUCACUGAAAGUUUGGCGAAAAUCGAUCGCUGCGGGCGCGGCGUGGUGCCGACGUGCGAUGGUAUGCGGCGCGCGCUGCUCGCGGUGCUGCUGCGGGCGGUCGCGCUCGCGCUGCUGCCGCCCGCCACUGCUGACGUCAUCUUCCGAGUGCCCGAAGUGAUGGCCCGGCCCGUGUCCGGCUCGAGGCCCGUAGGCAUCGGGCCGGCCAACGCCAGCCGCGCCAACGACUCGGAGCGCUGGAGCGAGCCCGACGCGGUGCUGCAGUACGAGGAGUACUACGUGGAGCACGAGGUGUCCACCGCGGACGCACGGAAGGCUGCAGACUUACUCAAUGUGGAAGAUAUUCCAGCCACAGUGGUAGGGUGCGGCGUGUGCUCGCGGCGCGACCUGGAGUACUGCGAGACGCGCGUGCUGGCCGACCACUGCUGCUGCGAGCGGCAGUUCGUGCGCGAGCCCUUCCCCUGGCUGCCGCACACGUGCUACGUGGGCCCGCACCGCUGCCGCCCGCUGGCGCAUGACUGCGUGCGCUACGUGCGCCUGCGCGACUGCUGCUGCUACAGGAAGCUCGCUGAGCGAUGGAAGGGCAUCCUAUCCAAGUCUUCUCGCGUGAGUGUGGAGGGCGCGUCUCUGCUUCUGUCCACGCUGCUGCUGGUACUGCUCCUGUGACCCGCGCCCCCCGCGCCCCGCCGCCCGCCGUCGUCUAACGUCUGCCUCUGGCUAUUGGCAUUAAUAUCACAAUUGCGGCGGCUACACUCGUCGUGAUGACGCGAAUAUUUCUGUUAUCGCGACGUGUGUGGCCCAACAUCCGCGAACACUUCGACCGCUUCGAAGGCUUCGACAAAUAGGCACUGCACUCCCCCUAUACGAGUAUUUACGCGAACAUUGUUGCUAAUUAUACGACCCCAUAUUUUUAAUAAAAUUUAUAACAUUAGAACUAGGUAGGUACUCUAGUUCGUGCAGGCCUAUUUAUAAAAAUAACCGAUUGUCAAUAUUUGGUAUCCUAGUUAGCAAGAUAAAACACAUUAACAUAAAAAAAUUAACAUCUUUAAGACACAAUGAAUUUCUAUAAGCAUCUCGCUUAAUCAAAUUAUUUAUAUUUUUACCCUGACUGUGACUGGGGCCUGAUCUUUCCGUACAACCUCUUGUAGUGGGGAUAAGUAUUCACUCUUGAGUCUUUUUUGACAACAGAAGAUUAUCAUGUUGUAAAAUAUAAAUAUUCAUAUCUGAAGCCUUGUGGUCUCUUAGAACUGCAAAAUUCACUGAAUGUUUGUUCGCUUAUACUUUCUUAUAAAAUGGCCUUUCCUAGUAAAUAUUUUCUUCAGUUAGUAUAAAUAUAUUAAUCUAUUUACAUAUCUGUUGUGUGCAGUGUAUGGUAAAAUAUAUUUAUUUUAUACAACUAACAUCACAAGUAAUAUAAGUAAUGUGUAUUAUCGUCACUGGACGAUAUCGCGUCUGUGUAUUCGAGCCGAGUUGCGUGGCGUGUUGUAAGUGUGUGCGGGGCUUUAAAGUUUAAAGGCGAAUUCGAAAACGGAACCAAUGAUUUAUAUUUAAGGUAUCGAGUCGAUAAGAUGUUGUUAACUUUAUUUAUUGUUAGUGCGACGCCAAAGGUGCAUAGUGAUAAGUUACCAUCGACCCGCCAUCAAAUGGGGGGCUUUAGAGUUCAAAAAUAUUAAACAAACUGUACCUAAUCAGUAUUGAUGUAAAUAACUAUGUAAAAAGUAUGUUUAAUAUACCUAUAUUGUGACAUAUUAUAGCUUUUACUGCAAUAUUAUAUUUUUACAAUGCAGAAUCAAUGCAUUUACCUACUGAAAUUCCUAUUUUAUACAAUCUCGGAGAGUAAUUGCAGAACGCGAUUGCAAUCAUUAUUUUAGUACAAGGUUGGAUUAAUAUAGAAAAUUAUUAGUUUACCUAUUACAAUUUUAAUUUUGCUCUGUUUAAAUUUUAAAUGUAUCCAUCCUUAAGCCUUAUAUUUCUUUGUGUUCUAAGUUAAAUAUGUAAUUUUUACCUCGUUUAUGUUAUUCAUAGGAUAAUAUCCCCAGGUAUAGGAUAAUAUACCUAGGUUUUACAAAAUACCUAGGCAUAUUGUAAAACUAUCGCUUAGUUAUAAGCGCAAAGAGUCUGACGAUAAAAUCAAUAUUAGCGAUUGCAAUUUUGUUGCGUAGUUAUUCUCCUCUGUUACAUAUUUUCAAUAAAAAGUUUAUCUAUAUUUAUAUACAUAUAAAUACAGUUAAUUUAAUAAAAUUACUAUUUUACAAACUGUCAUUAGAAUGCAAACUUAAUUUAUGUUAUUGUGAACAUUAAAUACAAUAAAUAUAUAAAGAAGAUGUCUGUACCUAUAUGAUUUCUUAUUUAGCCCUGUAAAAGUUGUAAAUUUUUAUGGAGUUUUUAAUUGACCUGCAAUUAUAAUUAAUAAUUAAUUCUAGCAUUCAACGAAUACUAUAAUUACUGAGAUCGAUCACGGAACUACAAGCUGCGCGCCCAACGGAUUGUCUACGCUCGGAUAAAAAAUCGAUGUGAUAGUUGUCACUUUAAUAGUCCAAUACACCGCCAAGUGAAUAGUGAUUAACAAUCUGUCAUGAUGCCGUACAACAGGAGGUUAGCUCCGGUAUAUACCAUCUUGGACUGUGUUUACAUUAAGUGAGAAUUCAAGUAUUCAUUUGCCAAUAAAUAAUAAAAACAUCUUGUGUUAACGAAUCUCAUUCUUCCUGUCAUCUUUGAUAGUCUCUCCAAUCAAUUAUUUUUAGUGAUAAUUGUCGGAACAAACAUACAAAAUAGUUUACCAACUAGCGCUUUAUCAGAGCUUCACCUUGCAGGGCACACUUGUUAGGAACACUUUCAAUAUUUAUUUUUGAAUAUUUUUAUAAGAGUUUAUUAUUUUAUUAGAGAAUAAUUCACUUUACAUUGCGGUAAUUGGUCUGUCAAAUAAUUUUAAUAUAUAAAUAAUUUUAA